AUGACCCACGUUGUCCCGGAAAUUGGCGACCAACUUGAGAAGCUUCAUCUUUCCGACAAGGCUAGAGUUUCUAUGAGCUCGGGGAUCAGCAGCAGCUCAAUGGUUUCCGAUCCGGCUGGCGAAAAGCACGCCGAAGAGACCCCAACCCCGCUGGCCCAAAUGACGGCUUGCUAUCGCCAAAUCAUCAGCCAUGUUGGCGAAGAUGUCAAUCGUCAAGGCCUAUUGAAAACCCCCGAGCGAGCCGCCAAAGCCAUGCUUGACUUCACGCGCGGCUACGAGCAGAAUCUAGAUGAAUUGCUUAAUGAAGCUAUAUUCGACGAAGAUCACGAUGAGGUGGUGAUCGUGAAGGAUAUCGAUAUGUUUUCGCUGUGCGAGCAUCACCUGGUUCCAUUUAUGGGACGAGUGCAUAUCGCUUACCUCCCCAACAAACGUGUACUCGGACUGUCGAAGCUGGCUCGAGUUGUCGAUAUGUUUAGCAAGAGGCUACAAGUACAAGAGCGUAUGACCAAGCAGAUCGCUACUGCGAUUACAGAAGCUGUACAACCACAUGGAGUUGCGGUUGUUAUUGAAGCCAGCCAUAUGUGCAUGGUAAUGCGCGGCGUCCAAAAAGCCAACGCAAUGACGACCACCUCGUGUAUGCUCGGCGAAUUCCGCGACAAUCCGAAAACUCGUGACGAAUUUUUGGCGCUGAUCCGAAAG